ACAGAUGUUUCCGGUUUCUGGUCGCUCUCGACGGACCAUGCGCGCGCGAAUCUGCAGGGCUACAUAGUAGAAUAUGUCAAGGUUAACAAAUAAACCUUAUCGUUUGUGUCUGUCUUUCCUGAAGAGCCGGUGGAGAUGUCCGCAGCGUGUGUCCAGAUCAUCUUCACUCGCCUCUGGGGUGAGGACAGAAGAAUUAAAGGCGAGAUGCGGAUCAUUUUAUAGUACUAACUCAGCAAGUCCAGCUGCUUCAUGGGCCACCAGAGCUUGGACAGAUGUUGCACAUGGACAUGUGCAAAGAAGAGGACUUUACUUGACCAUUCCCCUCGCAGAAGAAAACGCACUUCAGUCCAAGGAGCUGACCGAAGGCGUCUACGAGAAGCUGGCCGAUGAGACGCUGGAUGCACUAGCGGAAUAUUUCGAGGACCUCACUGAUGAGAACUUCACUGCGCCCGAUUAUGACGUGGUGUUUUCUAGUGGUGUCCUGACUGUGAAAGUAGGAGGUGACCAUGGCACUUACGUCAUCAACAAACAGACGCCUAACAAACAGAUUUGGCUCUCCUCUCCUAUAAGUGGGCCGAAACGUUACGACUGGACCGGAGAGCGCUGGGUGUACACCCAUGAUGGCAUGGCCUUGCAUGAUCUGCUGUCUAAAGAGUUUUCUGCCAUUUUUCAGGCAAAUAUGGACCUGUCACAUCUCCUACAUUCCUGACGAGGAUUAAAGGAACUACCAGAAAGGUGAUCAGGAAGAGAGGUGUAUAGAAAAGCACAGAUGGACAGGGCUUCCUUGGGAUCAGAAUUAUUUUGUCAAAUCUCAUACUCUGUGUCUUCUGAAGCAAGACCUCCUCCUUCUGCUUAAUGCCAUGAAGAUUUACCUACUGUUCUGUUCGAAUACAAAACCUGACACACGUGCCCCGAGCAUCUGGCAGCACAGAUCAGCUCUUAAAGUGCAUUUAUUACACCCGUCAUUUAACUACCGAGGCCAAAUCGCAGUUCACAGGUGGAUUCAUUCAGGACAUAUUCAUUAAGUAAUGGCUCUGUUGUAGCGAUCAGUCUGUUUAAGCACCGCUUUCUAUUCAAAACUCCGCUCGGUCAUUACGGCGCAGGGGCGAGAGGGCUCUCACACUCUCUGCCAGCCAGUCUGGUUGGAUUACAUUUGGAUUAAAAUAAGGUCGCUUAUGAACGGCGUACCCAACAAUAAAAGGGACUUGAGGGCACUCUGUCAUUUGUGGCUUUUAAUUCAAUGUCUGUAAUUAAGAGAUCUGGACCAGGAGACUGGACAGGGGAAGAGGGAGGGGAUUGUUUCGGGGGAAAAAGCUGGAGGAGUGCUGAUCAGAGCUGACUCUUCUGACUCUGAGAUGCUUGUUCAGUACGUAGUGUCGAGCAUUUAGGUAUCAGUUUUUCGUAAUUAAAGAAUCAGUUCAUCAAUCAGCUAAUAAAUUCAAGGCGUGUACCAGACAAUAUGUAUCCAUGUUACAUUUGACGCAGAGUCAUCCUCAUGUUUUUUUUAUUAUAUGCAAUUUUUGUUUCUUUGCACUGUUUCUGAUAAAUAAAUUAUAGACUUAUUCA